AGAGGAGGGACGUCAACCGGAUAUGACCUCAUCAAUAUGGCUGCCGCUGGGCGGAGCCAGUGAGCGAGUGGCAAAAUGGCGUCUCCGAAAACUGUUCCUAAAGAUGCACAGGUUAUGAUGCAGAUUUUGAAAGACAUGGGAAUCACGGAGUAUGAACCGCGAGUCAUUAAUCAGAUGUUGGAGUUCACGUACAGGUAUGUCACAACUAUAAUCGAAGAUGCCAAAAUAUACGCCACUCACGCUAAGAAGUCGACUGUGGAUGCAGAUGACAUACGGUUAGCCAUCCAGUGUCGAAUGGAUCAGUCCUUCACCUCUCCUCCGCCACGAGACUUUCUACUCGAGGUUGCCAGGCAGAAGAAUCAAACCCCUCUGCCCUUGAUCAAGCCUUACGCAGGUCCUCGUCUUCCGCCAGACCGUUACUGCUUAACUGCGCCAAACUACAGGCUCAAGUCACUGCAGAAAAAGGUGUCUUCCUCUGCGGGGAGAAUUACAGUGCCGCGUCUCAGUGUGGGGGCCGUGUCCAGUAGACCAAGCACGCCAACUCUUGCCACCCCUUCGGUGCAGACAAUGGGCUCUAAAGUAGGGACGCCGGUAUCACUAACAGGACAGCGCUUCACAGUUCAGAUCCCGUCAUCUCAAGCUACAUCUGCGAAGUCAGCUACGCCGACCACCCCAGGCACGGUCCAGAACGUCCUCAUUAACCCCUCUCUCAUCGGCUCCAAGAACAUCCUAAUCACAACCAACAUGGUGUCCCAGAACUCCUCCGGUGACUCGGGCUCGCUGAAAAGAAAACAUGAAGAUGACGACGAUUACGAUGCCUCGUGACCAUGUGUAUAAAUUAUAUAAAAAGGUCAUGGAUGCUUGAUGCCAGAUCAGCGUGUAAAUAUGCAAUCGUUCACUGUCCGUCUUGCGCUUGAUUGUAGUAGUAACUUUAGGGUCUUGCUUUUUUUGUUUUUUUGUAAGUAAGAAAAUAAAAACAUUUGCCUUUA